GACUCUAGUAGGACGAAUUUUAAUUUUCCUAAAUUUUUGGAUCCAAAAAGUUAAAAGUAAAACACAUAAACUUUUAUUUCUGGUACAUUUUCUAUUUCGGCUGCAAUAAAAACUUAGUUUUUUAAUAUGAGUGACGAGAGCGACCGUGUAAAACGUUUACAGGGCGCUAGCCGAAAAGGAAAACAAAAGAGAGCGCGUCAAGACGUCGAAGAUAUAAUGGGAAUGAUCUACAGGGAAGCUGCAACCCCUGGCUGCAGUUCCAGAUUAAUGUCGUCUGAUACCGGGAUACUCGAUCGAAUUGACACAGUAACAUUUCCCGGUCGCUAUGUUACCAGAGUACUCAGGGUUCGUCCCUUCGAGGUGACAAAACGUUUUGUAAGGCCCCAGCUAGCUUGUGAUCAUAAUUCAGAGCCCAAUGCAGAUAGUGUUGUAAGCAAACUGUUUGGCAUUCAACAGUUACAGAAUUUGCUGCUUGUGAUAACGCCCACUUCAACGACAACGGAGAAGCACAUCGUUCAUGGUUAUGCAAUCGAUGGCGAAAGGCAUCUGGGCGUAACCAGCCUGACUACCGACGAAAAGGAUCUAAUUGUGAAUACCCAGAGGGCUGACAACUAUUCCAUAAUAUACAGUUCGGACUAUCUUGAGCUGGAGCAUGCAUUUAAAAAAACAGAAAUUAAGAACCGAAUCUUUGAAGUAUUUCAACAAAAGCCCACCAGAUCUGUCUGUUUAACUUACGCGGGAAAUAAUGUAACCCUUAGAUACCGGCACUGUAAGCCCCAAAAAAAAGAAAAGAUCACAAAGGACAUCAAGAAAAAGACGCGUAACGAAUUGUCGGCAGUGAAUGAGGCUAAUCCUAAACAGCAUCUUAAGCCUGUCCGACAUGAUUGCCUUUCACGUCCGCAGCCGAAUACCGGCCACAAGAACAAUUCGAUGAAGCAGAAGACUCUAGUAGGAACAUCCUCACGUUUGCCAGUCGGAAAUUGCAAUCGCUUAUCAAGCACUUCAAUAAGGGCUCGUUCCCAAUUGCAGGCUACCAAAGACAAUACAUCAUCCACGCGAAGGAGCCCAUUGGAAAAUCGCUCACGUGCUUCCUUUAGCCCUGACAGUAGCAAUGAAAUAUCGCGAGCUUCGUUGAAUACGCCCCAAAUGGCCUCCCAAAAUCACAAUCACAGGGCUAAAUCUCGGCUGAGAACUCGUGACCAUUCGCAGGAAACCAUCGACAAGAACAAUCCCAACCCGAAAGCUCACGGCAAACCGCAGGUUUCCAUUAGUCCUAAGCCAAAGAUGUCGACGAGGACCCACACAAAUUCCCCAGCCACACUGGAAAAAAAAAAUUCCGAACAUAGGUCGCUGAUAAAAAAUCGUACCCAUCCAAGAGUUCGAAGUCGUUCCAAUUCAGCAGUAGCCAACGACAGCACGAGUUCAGUACAAGGAGAGCUAAUUAGGAACCGCACCCACUCGAUAAUGAGAAGUCGUUCAGAUUCACCGGUAGCAAACGGGAGCACUAGUUUGGUACAAAGUUCACAGAUUAGGAAUCGAACCCAUUCGGUAAUAAUAAGUCGAUCCGAUUCGCCGGUAGCAAACGUCUGUAGCAGCGAGAAUGGACGUCUUGCGAAAAAGCGUAAGAGCUCGCGCCAUGGCGACGGUGAUUGCAACACCCGCUCCAAUCUAGCGAUCACAGCCGAGGGCGGCAAUACGGAGUCAAGAUAUCUUAUUAUAAAUCGUACGCAUUCGGGUUUGAGAAGUCGUUCCAAUUCACCGGUAAGCAAGCCCUGCUGCAAGCACACGGACUUAUACAUGUCCAUGGGAAAUCGCGAUGUCACGGGGAAAGUUUCGAUUGAAUCUCGCUUCCGUUCGCCGGUUAACGACAGCUGCAGCUCCGAGCACAAGCCUCUAGUUACCCAUCGAACCUAUUCGGCGCUGGCGAGAAAUCGGUCCAACGAAAGCGACAAUGUCAAGGAUAAAAAUGCCUUGGGCAAGCGUACCAAUUCGUUCCUUUCCAACGAAAGCAGCGAGCUGAAUAUCAAAACUUUAAUGAAGCCUCGCUCCAAUGUGCCACUUACAACCGACAGCAGCAAUUCCAUAUUGAGGUCCCCGUUAGGAAAUCGCAACGACAGCAAUGAUGCAGCGAAAAUUUGUUCCAAUUCGCCUGUCUCGAACGAGAGCCAAUGUUCCUUGAAUAGGACUCCAGUGGCAACACGGAUGAACUCGAACGCUUCCAUCGUCAGUAGCGAAUUAGAGUACCAGACUCCGCGGGGAACACGCUCGCCAUCGCCGGUCACGAGCAACAGUUUCGUAUCUAUGAUUCGGGCUCCAUUGCCAGCUCGCACCCAUUCGGCAAAUUUAAUUGGUGAACCUAAUUCCAAUUCGGCAGACACGGCCAAUGGUAGGAAUUCCAUCUCAAAGGUACCAACGGAAUCGCAAGUAUCCAUCGACAGCAACGAUAUUAAACCUAUGUUCCCAAAUGCCUUUACACACGCUGGGGACUCGGUUUUCUCGAACUGCGAUCUAAGGGGUGAUGGAAUGGCUCAAGAGAUUUCAGAAAAAGAAAGCUCCGGCUCGGUCGAGACCAGCUAUAUUUCAUGCUUUUACUCCAAUCCAUACCCAACAGCAGGUCUGAAUGCCGUCUUGCCGCCGGAGCAGGAUGUGUUUAGCAGCGUGAUGUCUAUUAAGGACUGGGACUUGCCACACGGGUUCAAUCUGCAGGAUGUCACGGAAAGGAACAUCAAUACGAACGAUCUUGGCCAUGUGCAACAGCGCUUCAAACGAGGACAAGCAAUUGCUAACGGUAAGGACAUGAAAUCUCCGGAGCUAACGGCAUCACAGGCACAGCCGCAGCCCUACAGCAACAACCGUGAGCCUAAGGCUUCAACCAAACGAAAAAUAUUUAUUCCCCAGCUGGAUAAGGAGAUGCUUUAUCAGCGCGAGCGGUUGUGGAAUUGUUGUGUAGGCCUGAACUCGAAGCGUCGCGUCAAUUUUAAGAUAGAGUCCAACAAAGACGCUGCCCAACUGACAAAGAAAAUCGUACGUGAGGAGCCACCCAAGGUGAAAUCCGAUGGGGUUAAAGUCUUGUGGAAGCCGCACCCGCUGUGCGAGUCCGAGGGUGACAUCUAUAUCCCAUCCGAGCUGUCAAAGCUUAAAUUUGAUUGCUCGCAAUCGAUCAUAAGAGCCAGAUCAUCAUACUUUGAACGGCUGAUGGAUCCGGUGAGGGUGCCCCCCAAUUUCUCGAAGCGUGCCUACGAUCAGUUGCAGAAGAAGUUAAGCCGCAUGACCGCCAAGCAGGCAUUUGACAACCUGGCCAGACUCGUUGAAAAUAUAAACGCGCGGGCCAUACCGCAGAACCGGCAACUGUUGACCUUCUUCAGGAUUGCCGAGCUGCUGGAAAUCAAGAUGUAUGUCAGGACCGAAAGCUACUGGACCGGCAGAUCCCCAACAAUCGAUCCCCGCUGUCGAUGCGAAUGCUACAUGUUCGAUGAUCGCAGCGAGUUCGUUCUAUCCGUGGGUCUGCUAUCUAAACAGUUGAACAUAUUUGCGGAACUGUUUCCUGGCAUCAAGCCGAACAUACGCUACAUAGACAAUGCCUUUGAGCUGACACAAAUGCCAACCAUGCUCACCAAAUGCAUUCGAUCCGUUAUGGUAACACUGCGUGCACAAACGCUCUUCAAUAUGAUGGCAGAGGUGGCCUACGAGGUCCUCUCUCCGAAGGCAACGCUUCUCGCCCUGUCGCAGGAGAGGCCAAGGAAACCGAAGCCAAUCGCUAAGUCCAAGGAGGAGGAUACUGAGCUGCAACGUAUCCUGGAAAUCGAAGAAGCCAGACGUCAGCUACACAGACAACAGCAACAUCCAGUAGAAGGCGAAUGAAUUUGUAUAACAUACAACAUAUAUAAACAAUGCAUCAAAUUAUGCAAAAAUACUUUGGCUUAGAACUUACAAAUUUUACGUACAGGUAUUCUUUUUUAAAAUUUUACUCUCCUGAAGGAUGACGAAACCCAGUCUACAUUAAUAUGUUGGCAGCUUUAUAAUAAACCUUUAAUUUUCAUUGGCAUUCAAUUAAAAUUACUCAAGGAAUGUAUCGUACAUUUAAUUUUAAUAAAGCCAACAAAGUAAAGCAAGCAAAAUAGUUAAUUAUACACGAGCCGCAUCACAUUCCAGUUAUGGUGAACAGGGCAGGGGAAUACCGAAGCGGUGGAGGCGAGACAUUUGCAUUUGUCUGACUAAUGAACGCAAAUAUUCUAGGACUUGGGCCAAGCCGAAUGCCGUUUAGGCCCAUUUGUUUUUCUGUUUAGGACGUCUGGACGCUGUCUUUUUCAAAGUCGGACCUGGAGAUAACCAACUGCCCACCCAAAUUCCUGCCAACAUUCGUGCAACACACGCGGCUGCCAUUGCUGUAAAGUGGAUCAUUUUUCUGAUGCACCCGUAGCGAAUGGGUAUAUAAUCAGACUACUUUAAUGUGCCAAACUGGGAUUAAUCAAUUUUAAUUUGUAUUUUUUUUUAAAUUUUUAACUUUUUAUUAAAAUUUUGUUUCGGUGAA